UGUCGGAUCAUGUCAAGGUGCCUCAAACUAUGAUUCUUCUCGACUUGUCAUUCUAAAUCCAGCAGCAUAAUUAUUGGAGACCUGUCUGGUUGAAGGUGCUUUUCUCGUGUCCUUUGCUUUGCUUUCACAUGGUGGUGGGUGCAGCGUGGAGUAGAUUAAUAUCAUGAAUAGUCUCAAAUAAAUCUUCUAUCUUUUCCUUUAUGAAAGAAGGCCAGAAAGGAAAGGAAAAAGGAAGAUUAGCUGACGCAUGUCCUCCUGUUGCCACCAGCAUCCAUCUCCCUUUAUAAGCACCCUUCCUGCCCUCUCUUCUCUUUCCCUUUCUCCUCCUCCUCCUCCUCCUCAUCUGUGUGCAGGAUCAGGUUGAUAAUAGAGAUAUGAGCAUCUCAAGGGAGAACUGCUACUCGACCCUUGUGCUGUUCCGAUUCCUUAGAGAGGUUGUAGUCUUCUUGUCUCUCAUGGUCAAUUGGCUCUUCUUUCCCUGCUACGACUGGUGGCCUACUUCAUCCGCUGAAGACGAAGCGGAAGGAGGCAAAGGAGCAGAGGACAGAGCUCGUCACCGCGCCGCGGCGCAAGCGGUGAGGGAGACCCUCCACGUGUCGACCUUCGGCGAGGUGGCGGGAGAGGAGGAGGAGGCCGGCGCCGUCGCCACGGCGUGCGCGGUGUGCCUGAGCGAGGUGAGCAGGUGGGACAAGGUGUGGGAGUUGAGGAACUGCAGGCAUGUGUUCCACCAGGGAUGCCUCGACCGGUGGCUCGACCACGACGAGCACCUCAGCUGCCCCCUCUGUCGCGAACCGCUCCUGGCUCGACGGCCGCCGUCUCUUCCACCGCCGCCGCUGGAGGCCAGCUGGGCGGUGGAGCGUCUCCUCUACCUUUUCGGAGACGACCUCCUCCCUCCCCCUUCUUCAUAGCUUCAUCAUCUUCUCCUUGAUACGAAGCUCGUUUCCUCUUCCUUC